AUUUCAGCCCGUCAAGUUCGAAUUGCUGACAGCGGUUGUUUUGACGUCGCGUGCGUUGUUGCUAGAUGGACGUUGUUCGUAAAUUAGCUAAAGCUCUAGCCUCUAAUCAAGAUAAAGUGAGGCGAAAAGCACAGAAGCAAGUAAAAGUACUUCUUUCAAAGAAAUCAUUGAAUGGAAAAGAUGAUUGGACUUACGAACAGUUGCUAGGCAUUUGCAAAGGUCUUCACUACAGUUUAUGGAUGCAGGACAAGUUGCUGCUGAAGGAACAAACGGUCGUCCGGUUAUGUAACAUAUUACCCAAUAUUGAGGACAACACGGUCACAUUGUAUUAUUCUUAUGCUAUGUUUGAAACACUAGCAAGAGAAUGGGACAAUUUAGAUUACUGGAGGGUAGACAAAUUUAUGCUGCUCGGACGAGAAUUUUUUACGAGAGGCCUUCAGUUUAUUUCUUGCAAAAAACCUGAAAUUUUACCUUCAUUUGUGGAGGCCAUUUUCACCAAGAUAUUGAACAAUGACAUAAAUCAUGCUGUUGGUCUAAAAUUGCAUUUCUGCACUCUAAUAGGUGAAGAACUUCCGAAAAAGAACGUAAAAAUGUUAUCUCUGCAGUUAGUCUUUCAAUAUCUCCUGGUUUUACUAGCUUCCCUACCGAAACACAACAUUUACGCUCACAGUGUCCUAUCUCUGAUUACUCGGAUAACAAAGCUUAUUCGAAGACGUCCACAAUGUUGUUUGGAUCGUAUUAUGAAAUGUCUUGAGAAUAUUUUAAGCAAAGAUUCCUCCUAUAGAAACGCUUUAAAACGAGUCGACACAAAUCUAAAAAGAAUUCUGGCAAAUAGAGAAACUACAUCAGUAGCAACCGAUGGACAGAUUCCCACGCUAUGUGCAGAGUCGUCACCUGAGACGACAAAUCUCGUUCCCAAUACUUGUGAGAAUAUAAAUAGUGAAGGUGGUUCAUCAGAGCUUAAGAUCGGAAAGAAAAAAAUUGCGAAGGUUUUAAAGAAGAAAAAACGGGUGAUUAAAAAACGUUCAUAUGCUGAGACCGCUAACCCCGUAAAUAUAGAGUUCAGCAAUCAAGCUGAUAAUUUUGUCGAAGAAUCACGUCCGAAGAGAAUGAAGUCUGAAAUACCCACAAAGUCUGUUGACGAAUGCACAGCAGUUCCAUGUGUAGUUCCUGAUUCUCCAUGCCCUUUUUCAGUAUGUGAUGAUGAAUCCAAACCAAACGUCGGUCAAUUUAUAUCUCCUAAUGUUUCAAUAAGUGGUAACUCUGCUUCUGCAGAAAAGUGUACUUCAAACACUCCGCUUUCUUCUGAAAGACGUGUAUCCUUCGGUAAGGUAUUUCGUAAGAAAUUUAACUCAGCUCGUUGCAUCUCCCUAACCCCACCGGUUAGUGUUAUUCCAGCCAAGGGAAUUUUAAGAAGUAACAGUAAGUAGCAUGCUUUUCUUAUCUUUUCUGCAGAAUCUAUAGCUGAUGACGCGAAAGCUAACGUUUCGUUCUAAUUUAAGUUGUAAUUUUGUACAUAUAAAUGAAAUAAACACAAUUUUUAUGUAUCAGUCUCUUUGGAAAUUACAUGUUAGGUAACAGAAAAAAACUUUACGCCAAUCUUAGUUCUCUGCGAAUAGAAAUUAUCU